UCAUAAAAGAGAAGAAAAAAUGGGAAGAACUUUUCAAGUUGUUCUUUUUCUAGCAUUGUUUGUGCUUCUACCUCCUUCUGUUUAUUCUUUACCGUUGUCAACAAACGGAAGGUGGAUCGUUGAUUCGACAACAGGGCGUCGAGUGAAGCUUGUGUGCGUGAAUUGGCCUUCCCACACACAGAGCAUGCUAAUAGAAGGUCUCAACCACAGGCCAUUAAAAGAGCUGGCAGAUGAGGCAAUCAAGUUGAGGUUUAAUUGUGUACGACUCACGUAUGCAACUCAAAUGUUCACUCGUUAUGCAAAUAGGACAGUUGAAGAGAAUUUUGACCUUCUCGAUUUAGAGCAAGCAAAAGCCGGAUUGGCUCAAUAUAAUCCUUUUGUGUUGAACAAGACUAUUGCUGAAGCCUAUGAAGCUGUUGUUGAUGUGCUUGGAGAGAGUGGUUUAAUGGUGAUUGCCGACAACCAUAUGAGUCAGCCAAGAUGGUGUUGCUCCCUUGACGAUGGCAAUGGAUUUUUUGGAGACCGCUAUUUUGACCCUCAAGAAUGGCUACAAGGUCUUAGCUUAGUUGCUCAACGCUUUUCCAAGAAACCAACGGUGGUUGGAAUGAGCCUACGAAACGAGAUACGAGGAACCAAUGAAAAUGCAAAUGAUUGGAACAAUUAUGUUACUCAAGGAGUAACAACAAUCCACAACAUUAACCCAAAUGUUUUAGUGAUUGUUUCGGGCCUAAAUUUUGAUAAUGAUCUUCGAUGCUUAAAAGAGAAGCCCUUGAAUGCAAGCGCCUUAGACAACAAGUUGGUUUUUGAGGUGCACUUGUAUUCGUUCAGUGGAGAUGCAGAGAGUAAAUUUAUAAACCAGCCACUAAAUAAUAUUUGUGCAGAUAUUAUCAAUGGCUUUGUAGACCAUGCUGAAUUUGUUAGAGAAGGACCAAACCCAUUUCCUUUGUUUGUCAGCGAAUAUGGGUACGAUCAGAGAGAGGUUAACGAUGCAGAAAAUCGGUUCAUGAGUUGCUUCACAGCUCAUCUUGCACAAGAAGAUUUAGAUUGGGCAUUAUGGACUUGGCAAGGUAGCUAUUAUUAUAGGGAAGGUCAGGCAGGCCCGGCAGAAACUUUUGGAGCUCUCGACUCCAAUUGGACUCAAAUUAAAAAUCCAAACUUUGUCCAGAAGUUUCAACUAUUGCAGACUAUGUUGCAAG